AUGCCACCGUUUGAGGGGGGCGGAGGCAAAAAACCCAAACGAAAACGGAAACCGACUACAGCGUCCGGGGUCGCAUUUUCACAAGCAGUGGAGCUAGAACAACUAUCCACUCGCGGGGAGGCAACAACAAUCCAUCUGGACCACCACAUCCCAGACCGAUCUGGCUUUGACAACUUUGACCAAGAUCACUCCAAUCCAUACGACCACCAUUUCACUGAUUACACCGGAAAUGACACCAAUUUCACCAAUUCAGACAACACUACUCACUCAGACACACGUAUUCAGCAGCUAACUGAUUACUUUCGGAGCGAGCAUUACAAGAGGAAAAAACUACUUGAAGAGAAGAACUGGGCGGAGGUGUAUGAUGCGAUGUUUUCAUCUUUCAAACAAUGUGCAGUAAAAACCGCUGACUGGGGUGACGAAGACAAAUGGAGACACGACUGGAAGGAGCCUUGUCUCUGUCAGGAUAAGCGCUUUCGGCCCCUUGUCUUGGUUGACAUUAUGAGCCGAAGAGAAACCGAGGUUGAAUUCUGUAGCUGCCAGGGAGACCAGGUGCGUGAAUGGAGGAAAACCCUCUCAGCUUCAGUGGAUGCGUAUAGGGAGAUGUUAAGACGAGAAAAAGUCGUAUCUGAAGAGCUUAUGGAAAUGGGACCCAUGGAUAAGUUGGCAGAAAUAUGCCCGAAGUGCUUUGGGCCUCCUGUCACUGGAAAAAAACCUGAAGAGCCGGAUUACAUUGUCUGUAUGGACGGGAACUUUCAACAUCGACGACACCUGGCUGCAAGCCAUGAGCUAUCGGAAUUUUCAAACCAGACCAGCCUGUUCAUAUCUCCUGAGGAAGUCGAGGAUAUGGAAUCAUGUAUGAACAUACAAAUAAAUGAAGCUGAAGAGCACCCCGACUUGGCAUGA